AUGGGUCUGCUGAUUUCUGGGGAAACUGGAGCAGCUCUGCUGAUUGGACCACACGUUCCCUCCACCUCCUCUCCUGCUGUAUAUAAGGAGGUGAUCCAUCUGUCCAGCUUCACCCUCAGCCAGAGAAGAUCUCCACAGAGUUCUCCACCACCUCAGCAGAAGAACCCAACCACAAGAUCUCCACUCAGAGACACUCAUCCACCACAACAUCUGCUUCACCGGGUCUUCAAGUCCAACCAUCGAAGCUCAAAAUGGCAUCUAGCAGCUCCGACACAAUCAGACAAAUCCAAAUCUCUCUCAAUAAGGAGGAGGAAGACCAGCUCACAGGAGAAGGUUUCACCAAAGUUCCUGUCAACCUCCAUGGAGAUCAGUGUUACAGAAGUGCCCCCUGCGUUCCUGUGGUACAAAAGAGGGAGCGACAAGCCGGUCACCAGGAUCCAGUUUUCAUUCAGGAAGGAGAUGGAUGAGGGUCUUUCUGCCUCUGGCUUCACCAAGAUUAAUGCGAAUAUUGGCACCAAAACCCAUCCCAUGUACCUGUGGUAUAUAAGCGGUUCCACUGGUUUUGACAUCCCCAUCCUGGACCUGACAGUGACCACCAGUGUGGAGGAGGAGCCAGAGCUGGUCCGCUUGGGCUGGGAGCGUCAGGGCUGCGAUCUACAGCGCGACGCUGGAGGAGAUGCAGUCCACGUCUGGGUAAAGAGGAGUGAACCAAGCUACAACAACGGCAUCGUUGCUAUUAUCAAUUUCUCCAACGACGCAAGUUCCUUUCAAGACGGUUUCAUCCGUGUCGACGAAGACACCAACCGUGGGGUGAACCCUCCAGGUUCUGCAGUGUUUCUCUGGUGUGCUUGCUCCACGGAUCAAUCCUGUGUCAUCACUGAUGUAGAUGUUUCUCUCAAUCAAGAUCAGGAGAAAGAGCUGCAGGCCAAGGGCUACGAGAAGGGUGAGAAGAACCUCAAUGAUGGCACCACAGGAGAUCGUGUGUACCUGUGGACCAAGUUUAGCGAAAACAGUCCUGCCAUCCAGUUCUUCACCGUGUUAGUCGGUGAUAAAGCACUGAGCGUUUAUAAAAAUGCUAACGUCUGCAAAGUUGUGGAGAAAAACCUGAACAGUGGCAACAACGGAGUUCCCCUUUAUGUUGCAUACAAGUAACAGAGUCUCAUUUUGAGGAAUUGAGCAUUUUGAGGAAUUAAUUCUGCAAGCCUGAUAGCUACACUCUCAGAACAAAAGGUACUAAACUGUCACUGAGGUGGAACCCUCAAGGGUACAUUUUCAGUUCUUUUAGUUACGGGAAAAUUCUACCACAUUUCACUACGUUUAAAAUUUUCUUAGUAGUAUUGACUCCACACAUCCGACUGGCCUUUUUAUUUUAUUGUUGUAUUAUUUUUAUGU